UUAGAUCGAUUGUUGUGGUUAUCAUCACCAUUAUUAUCAUAUUUAUCAAUGGUUUCAAGUGCCACUUUCAUUCUCAUCAAUUUUUGUUGGAUGAUAUGUGUUUUUAUUACGACUAAUUUUGACAUUUCUUCCAAAUUAUUACAAGCUAUCUGAACAGAUUGUUCUAAACAUUCUAAACGUUUCAAUGGAUCAUUGAAUGAUUCUAUUAAUCGAUCAUGAUUUGCCGAUAAUUCUUGACAUUCUGAUUCAACCAUUAAAUCAUUGAUUGGUUUUGAUUGUAAAUUUUUUUGUUCUUGAUCACAAUUAUUGUUAUUAUUAGUAUUAAUAAUUUUCAUCUUGGAAUACUAUCGACGAGAACAACUUGUGAAAAAAAUAAUCAUUAAAUCAUUAAAACGUUCGAAAUUCUAAUCCACUAUCGAAUAAAACAAUCGAUUAUUAUGUAAUCAACGAAAUUCAUCAUCAAGAUCAUCAUCAUUCUGUAUUGACAAUCAUUGAUCAUCAUGUUGCACAAUAAUCAAUUGAUUUCUAUUGAAGAAAUUCUAGUCAAACCUCCACAAAAUUGUCGUGAACGUCCAUUAAGGCAAUUUAUUUUAUUUAAUCGUAAUUCUGAUCUAAAAAUUUGUAUUUAUACACUUGGUGCAAGAGUCAUGUCCUGUAUGCUCAACGAACAUCAGAUUAUCGUUGGUGCUGGUGGUAACAGUAACGGUGAUAAUAAUAUUGGUGAUAAUGGUGGCAAUCGUAAUAAUGAUUUUUAUCAUCAUCAUUCAACAAGCAAUAAUUUAGAACAAUCAGAUGAUGAUAAUCGAAUCACAACGACCAUGAUAACAGCAAUGGAUGAUAUUCCAAUCAUAAUUGAUCGUAAUAUGAAUAAUAAUAAUAAUAAUAAUGGACAGAAUCCAUUGCAAAAUGUUUGUUGGGAUUCACAUGUAUUUGGUUCAGAUACGGUAUUAUUAAAUCAUCGUCUUGAUUCAAUGUUAUUUGGUCCAAAACAAACAUUAACAUAUUGUUUGACCAAGAAUAAUGAAUUCAUCAUUGAAGGUAGUGAUAUUAGACGGCUACAAAACUUGCGAUCAUUGUUGAUAAAUCCAUUCUUUUUCAAUUUGAAUUCAGUCGAAAAUGAUCAACGUUUAGAUGAACAUUAUCUACAUAUUCGUACAUCACAUGAUUCAAUCAAUGUAUUUAGUGAACAAACGAAUAAUAAUAAUAAUGAUGAUUCCAGUGAUAAUCAUGUUGGUUGUGGUAAUGAUGAUGGUAAUAAUCCAUUAUAUGAACGUUUUCUUCAUCCAUCACGUCCAACAAUCAUAACACAAUGUUUAGAUGGUUCUGAUUUUGUUUAUAGUACAAAUCCAUCAACAAUACCUGGUUCAUUAUUGAUUGCAACAUUACAAUAUAAAAAUCGUAUCAUUGAAAUAUUAUUAGAAAUUGAUUCAAAAUGUAAAUCCAGUUUAAGGAUAUUGAUCAAAAAUGGUUCAAUUGCAUUUAUACCACAUGAAAUGAGUAAAUUUAAAGUGACAUAUAGAUUUCAUUGGUGAAAAACAAUUCAACACACCUACACACCCACAUCUACACUGACAAAAUGAAAAAAUGUACACACACACACACACACACACAAUGUUAUCUACAUAAUUAUUAUUACAUUUUGUUUAGGAUCAUAUUAUUCAACUUGUAAGAAUUUUAUCAGAUUGGGACAUUUUUUUUUUCGUAAUUCUAUCUAUCUAUUUGCAUGGUGGUGCAUUUAUUUGUUUGUUUUUUUUUUGAAAAAUGAAUGAAAAAAAAUUUUAAAAAAAAACAUUACCUGAUUCUGUUGUAUAUUCCACUACCACACUAUAUAUUCUUAUUAUUCUAUUCUAUAUUGACACAAAUAAUACAAAUCAAUGUAUAGCAUAUUCAAUUCAAUGUAAUCAUCAUAGUUCAAUUCUGUGUAAAAAACAAAACAAAACAAAACAAACUUUUAUUUUAAAAUAUGUGAUAAAGUAAGUGGUGGUAGUCAAUAUCAAAGAAAAUGAAUAGCAGAAUAACAGCGCCACCACUUUUAUUAUAUAUAUUAUUCUUUUAAAGUUUAAAGUUUUUGUUUUUA